UACUUUUCACUUCACUAGAUGCUUCUUCAAUCUAAUUUUUAAGUUACGAUAUAUCAUAAUAUAAAAUAUCAUGUUCAAGAAAACUUCCAAAAGAAAUUUACGGCAACGAAAAGACUCUGAUGGUGAUGGUAUAGAUGGCAUUGCAUCAGAAGAAGGAAAUAAUGGCGUUAAUAUCGCUGCUUUGAAAGCAAAACAAAAGAAAAAAAGCAAGGCUAAAAGAGCAGAAACCACAAAGCCAGAGCAAAAAGCAAUCCUAAGUUUUGGAGGUGAUGAAGAAGAAGAAACUGAAACUUUUCAAUUGAAAAAGUCUUCUAGAAGUCGCAGAAUUGCCAAACAAAUUAAAAAACUUGCACAAGAAGAACGAGAUCAACCCGAUUCGCCUGGAAGUGGUGAAUAUACGAAAGAGCAUCUAGCUGAAUUAAAGAAAUCUUCUAUGGCACCCCAGUCUCUGCAGUCUACGAAUUCACCAUCUCAUCCUUUUGGGAGCAUUUCUGAAAAUAAUACUCAAGAUUCAAAUACAUUUGGACAACCUACCAAUGGUGGGCUUAAAGAAUUACGACCAGGUGAAAUUCCAGAUGCUAAUCGAAUUCAUGCUGCUAGAAAACAGAGAGAGAUGAUGAGGAAAUAUGGCUCUGAUUAUAUAGCAAUUGAAAAUACAGACUCGUACAAAACGAACCCCAAUUCUCGACUUGUACGCGAAGAUGAUUUGGAAAGCAGUAGUGGGGAUGAAGAUGGUCCAUCGGUUGCAAUGAAAGGAGUUAUUGAUGAUGGAGCAAGAGUAGUACAAGAAAUCGGGAACGAAGGAGAAGAAUCAUUUAAAAGAGAUGAAGAAUUUGAUCUGUGGGAGGCGCAAAUGAUCAAAAAGGGCAUUAGCACUCAGCAAGUAGGAAAGUGGGUUGGGGAAGAUGAUUCACAACCCAGACCUGAUAAUAAUAUACCAUACAAUACUUAUGUAACCAAUGGGACUUAUAAUUCCUCUGAUAUUACAAUGAACUACAAACCUACUAUAAAUGCUACACCUAAAAUUGCCAUGACUCCUGGUGAAACUGUGACAGCAAUAAAGAAACGAAUUUCUGAGAGAUUGGAAUCUGUGAAAGAGGUUCAUCGUACUCAUAAACAAGAUGAAGAACGAGCUAUCUUAGAUGUGAAAGAGAGUGAAGAUUCUGCUGUACAACUCGCUGAUGUAACAACACUAUCUAAGCAGUAUACGUAUUUCCAAGACAUGAAAGCAUAUUUGACUGACCUAAUUGAUUGCCUCAGUGAGAAAAAUGUGGAAAUAGAGGCCCUAGAGAAAAGAAGGCAUAAAAUAUGGAAGGAAAAAGCUGAUGUGUUUCUUUCAAGAAGACAACAAGAUGUUGCAGAUGAGUCGUCUGAAAUUACUUGUGCACUUUCUAAUGUUAAAAUUGCUCCUUCUGCUGUCGAUAAAAGCAAACAACUCAGAAUAAGGGAACGGGAAGCAAGAAAGUCUAGAAGAAGAGCAGUGAGAGAACGCCUGGGAACUCAGAAAGUUCAUAUUGAUGGCACGUCUACUGAUGAAGAAGAAAACUCAAUGGACAAGGCUAGACAUGCAACAGAAUUGGACAGAAUAGAAAAGUUCAAGAAAGAAUUGUUUGAAGACGUUGUUGAGGAUUUUUACGAUGUUCAAAUUAUCCUAGGAAAAUUCACCGAUUGGCGUGAGAAACAUCCAGAUUCAUACAAUGAUGCAUUUAUUGGACUUUGUCUACCAAAGCUUUUGUCACCUUUUGUUCGGCUAGCAAUGUUGCAUUGGAAUCCGAUAGAUGCUGAUUGUAUACAUUUUGAAGAAAUGCAAUGGUAUAAAGACUUGCUGUUUUAUGGUGUCAAAGAUCAAGAAAAUUUUGAAGCAACAAAAAAUGAACCUGAUACAAAAGUUCUUUCAAGUCUUUAUGAUAAAGUCGUUUUGCCAAAGCUAACUUUUCUAGUACAAGAAAUAUGGGACCCUUUAUCGAGUAAGCAGUCACAAAGACUCUCGCUUUUGCUUUGUAGAUUAGUGAGGACAUAUCCUUGCAUGCGACCUGAACAUCGAAGAUGUAAUGACUUAAUAUUAGCACUAUGCACUCGUAUGCAAAAAACUAUUGAUAAUGAUGUAUUUGUUCCUCUCUUUCCUACAUCAGCUCUCACAAAUUUAGUAUCUGGCCCAGGUGCAUUUUUUGAAAAACAAACAUGGUCUUGUAUCAAGCUCUUCGAAAAUAUUUUAUUUUUUAAUGGCAUACUAUCACCUAAAGUACUACAAGAACUCGCGUUUACAUCACUGCUAAAUAGAUACAUCAUGCUCUCACUGCAAACUUCUCCUAUCACAACAGCAUCAGUUUUGAAAUGUCAGCGGAUUGCAGAGGCGAUUCCCACCGAUUGGUUGAAGAAUCCUGAUGAUAUAGCAACUGAUCUUAGCUCCUUUUCUCGUUAUUUAUUGCAUAGUGCAAAACAUAUACAUGGCCAACUAUCUGUAUGUAAUGACCAAGAUAAACGUAAAGCUCGUAGCUGCAUCAAUCAACUGGGAAAAAUUUUGUCACAUAUAGGCUCUGAUGAAAACUCGCAAGAAGUCUUAACCCUUUUGGGGAUCAAAACACUUUUCUGAAAUAACAUUAUGGUUGAUAUAUAAUGGUUUCUGAUAGAUUACUAAAAGUGCUGUUGUGUUUUGGUGAAUAACAUUGCCAUAUUUUAAUAAAUUUUCUUCAGUUUCUUGUU